UGGACACUAACACUUUAGCUAUCUUAUCGUCCGAUUAGAUACUAAUUUAUUUUUCUGAAGUAUCCAACGCGCUUCAACAUUUACCACAUGCUCUUCAAUAGGCGAGGCCAUCCUCAUCUUUGCCUGAAAUAAAUACUGAGUCUCACUCACUGGAGAUGGCGACAACCGUGAAUUUGUCGUCCUUGUUUGACUCUCUCAGCAAUUCAUUGUCUUCCGCGAUCGAGGCCACGCCUAAACUUGCCGGCAUAGAGAGCAUCGAGAAUGGCGUGUCACUACUCGACGUCAAGAAUGAACUUCUUCUAUCAUACCUACAGAACCUGGUCUUCUUAAUAUUAAUCAAAAUACGGAAUGCAAAGAGCGACGAUGCAGGUUCGAGCGACAACUCGGGCGAGAUAUCGGAUGCCGUUGUGAAGAAGUUGGUUGAACUGCGACUGUAUCUAGAUAAAGGUGUGCGCCCGCUAGAGGAACGACUGCGGUUCCAGCUCGACAAGAUCAUCCGCGCUGCAGAUGACGCAGACAGGAGCGAGAAGAUGGCGAAUGAUACUCGAGAGGCCGAAUCAGAAUCAGAAUCUGACGAGAAUUCCGACGAGGAAGCCGACGGAGACGAUGGCGAGCUAGAUGACAGAGCACGCAGGCGGGCGGACGCCAAACAAGGUCCCUCGUUUGCUAACUUCUCGGCACCUGUAUCCGUAGGCAUGGCGGCGGCAGCGACCCAGGACAAGACCGGCGUCUACCGACCUCCCAAGAUCACCCCAGUCGUCAUGCCCACUACUGAGCGACGAGAGCGAACAGAGCGCCGACCCAUGAAGUCUGCUACGAUGAAUGAGUACAUCGCGGACGAACUCUCGACUGCUCCCUCGGCCCUCCCCAGUGUGGGAUCGAACGUAACUUUUGGCGGCAGAAAGGUGAAGACCACAUCAGAGCGCGAAGAGGAACAACGGAGGCAAGAAUUUGAGGAAACCAAUUUCAUUCGAUUGCCCAAAGAAGGCAAGAAGCAGCGCGCCGAGAAGAAUAAGCAGGAGCGCCGAAGCGCAAAGAUGAGCUUCGGUGGGGAAGAAUGGCGGGACCUUGGCGAGGGUGUGGAUCGCAUCAACAAGCUGACGAGGCAGAGAGAAGGCGGCGGUAGGAGUACGAAGGCCUUGCUGGAGAAGAGUCGCAAGAGAGGCCGAGAAACAACCGAUAGCAAUCGCGGUAGUGGUCUCAACAGUGACACUAGGGAGAUUGGUGAGCGUUUUAGCAAGAAGGUCAAGGUUAUGGAGGGAGGAAGAAGAGAUCGCGGCAAACGAUAAAUCUAGACGCAAACUCCACGGAUGCUAUACAGAUCAAAGAAGGAAAACAAUCGCAAUCAAGCUCAUAUCCAAAAUAUGGAAGUAUUUCUUCUAUACUUUUUUCCCCUUUUAAUUUGGUCCUUCUAUAUUCAUGAUCCAUUCGUUACAUGUAAUGCGUCUGCGUUUCGCACA